AAAAAAAACAAAUAGAACGUAUGCUAUUUUAUUUACAUCUUAAGCUCCUCGACCCUUAAUCGACAUUUAAUCAAGUCCAUAACCUUUGUUUGCAAUUUUCCAAUACAACAACAUUUGUUUACAAUGUACAAAGUAUUGGAGUUUUGUUUACAUUUUAUAAAAUCAUUAACCUCUUUUUUACAUAUUAUAAUGUCAUUUACCCUUUCUUUUUUACAUUUAGCGAAGACCACAACCUUUGUUUUCAUUUUGCCAAUAGAACAACCUUUGUUUACACUUGGGGUCAAUGACUUUUUUGUUUACAUUUUAUGAGGUCAAUGCUGCUUUUUUACGUUGUGAGGCCAAUAACCUCUUUGUUUACAUUUUAUCAGGUUAUGUUGUUUACAUUUAGCUAAUACAACAAUCUUUGUUUGCAUUUUGAGGUCAAUGACCUCUUUAUGUGUUCAAAAACCCUUUUGUUUAAUUUUAGCUAAGUCAACUACCUUUGUUUACAUUGGGACUCAAUGACUUUUUUCUUUAUAAUUUACGCGGUCAAUGACCCCUUUGUUUACAUUUUAUAAUGUCCUUGACCCUUUUGUUUACUUUUAGCCCAGUCAACAACCUUUGUUUACAUUAAUUACUAAAUUGCCAGCUCAAGGGAAGUAAAGGUUUGAAAUUGUUGUACGAGUACCCUAUAAAGUCAAUAUUGUGUACCUAAUUUUUUAAUACAUAAUUCUUAUUCUUCCACUUUUGACCUGUAACUGUUAUCGUAAAAGAAGAAGAGCUAAAAACGUUUUUAAUGAAGCUGUGUAAAUACAGACAUUCUCUCACAGCAUAAAACUAGUGAGGAGAGAAAGGGUUGGAGAGGCUAAAGUGUACUUAGUUGGGUAGGCGGUUUGGGUGAUGGGUAUUGGUUAUGACCUAGACUGACGGUAAACGGCAUGGAAAGAGAUUUAUGGUAUAUCCGAUCAGUAACUACCAACAACAAUAACAUACAAGCCAUACAUGUGUGUGUGUCUUCUUAUUAUAUGCAAUUACACAAAUUUUUACAACUUACAUACAAACAUAAGACCAGAGUAUAUUUGUGAAAUGUUUUUUACUUAAUUUGAAAGAAAUAUUUUCGUGGAUUACCCACAAGUGUUUCUAUUUUUAUAUGUGCCUAUUAUUUUCGUGGGACCUGACCUAUUUGAACUAGUUUUUCGUUAGAUUUUGUUGUUUCCUACUCUUACUCUUUUGUUUGUUCAGGUGAAAUUAUGAUUAUUACAGGUGUUAUUUUCUAAAAACAAAAUAAUUAAAUAAAUAAAUGAAUGAGGUUGAUAGCGCUACUAGAAUUUACUUUCGUUUAGUUGCCGAACAAUUGUAGAACUGUAAAGCCGAAACUGGACGGUCGAAGUAAAGCCAGUAAAUGUUUUUCACUCAAAAAAAAAUGCGCUAUUCACAUUAUAUAAAUGUCGUACGAUUGCUAAUAUUUCUAAUAACCGGCGCGGCGUUAUUUCUGCUCGUUAAUCAAUGGAUCUACACAAGAGAAGCGCUGGAGGGGAUCGAAAUUGAAUUAAUACAAAAAACACCGUAUUGGCAGCGAAGCCACAAAAGAGAACUAAAGGAUUGGCAUGACGUCGAAGCCAUGGCGGGCGAUGCAGCACGAAGUGGAUUAGGCGAACAUGGGAAACCUGCGUAUAUAACGAAUCUUUCAAAGCGGACGUUAGAGCGUGAAUUAAGCAAGAAGAACGGAUUUAAUGCUUUGCUGUCUGAUAUGAUUUCUGUCAAUCGGUCGUUGCCUGAUAUACGUGAUCAGGGCUGCCAAAAGUUGAAAUAUUUCGCAGAUUUACCCACCGUCAGUAUAGUAAUACCGUUCUACAAUGAACACUUUAGCGCCUUGGUGCGUUCUUUACACAGCAUCAUCAACCGUACACCAGCCGAAUUGAUUAAAGAAAUAAUACUCGUCGAUGAUUUCAGUGAUGUUACUAAUUUGAAAAAACCACUCGACGAGUAUGUGGAGCAAAAUUUUCCUAAAGUGGAAAUUUUACGCUUUCGUAAGCGGCAAGGGCUCAUCGCAGCGCGCCUAGCUGGUGCUGUUAAGGCUGUCGCUGAUGUGCUGGUUUUUAUGGACGCACAUGUGGAGGUCAAUUACAAUUGGUUGCCACCGCUGCUGCAUGAAAUAGUUUUGAACAAACGCACCGCGGUAUGCCCCAUGAUCGAUGUGAUUGAGGACGCUACUUUCGAGUAUACUGCACAAGAUGAGGGUGCACGUGGCGCUUUCGAUUGGAUACUUGACUAUAAACGACUGCCGUUGCUCGAAAGUGCUAAGAAGAAUCGCACAAAACCAUUCGAGAACCCAAUCAUGGCGGGUGGUUUAUUCGCGAUAUCAAGGGAAUGGUUUUGGGAGUUGGACGGUUAUGAUGACGGUUUGGACAUUUGGGGUGGUGAACAGUAUGAGUUGAGUUUUAAGAUUUGGAUGUGUGGUGGUCGUUUAUUGGACGUGCCAUGCUCGCGUGUCGGUCACAUUUUUCGCAGUGAAAAUUGGACUGGCGUAUCGGAAGAUCGCAAAGAAGAUUACUUGCAUAAGAAUUACAAACGCGUUGCGGAGGUGUGGAUGGACGAUUACAAGAACUAUCUAUACAAGCAUGCGCGCGGUGUAUAUGAAAAACUUGAUGCGGGUGAUUUAACGAAGCAACUCGCUUUGCGUGAGAAAUUGCAUUGCAAGUCAUUCAAGUGGUUUAUCGAAAAUGUCGCCUUUGACUUGGUGAAAACAUAUCCGCCCAAAGGCACCACCGAUUUCGCUUAUGGUCAGGUGAGAAGUGUGGGCGCGCCGAAAUUUUGUCUCGACACCUUAGGCCGACCCGAUUACAGAAUCGUUGGAGUUAAAGAUUGCGAAGCGACAAGCAUAUUCCCAAGUCGGAGACAAGACUGGUCGCUAAGUGAAGACCAUGACCUGCGUAUGCGUGGCGAAGAAUAUUGCCUACAAACGGCUGACCAUAAACCAAAUUCUCAAGUCUUGCUUUAUGAUUGCAGUUAUGGCAAUAAGAAUCAAUUAUGGUAUUACAAUCGUCGGCGUAAGUGGCUGGUUUAUGGUGCAAAAAGACUGUUUUGUCUGGAGGCUCGCCCCGCAUCCAGACAUGUUGUAGUCAAUAGGUGUCGCACGAAUUUUCCAUUAAUGCAAUGGGACUUUGUUCAUGUUAAUGACACUUUGUUGGAUACCUAUUUCGAAACUAUGCCAUAGCAAGUAGUUAGAAUG